UUCCCCAGCUGUGCUAGCACUGGAGCCCCUUGGCCGCCUGGACCAUGGACCCCGGGGAAUGCACCUGCAUGUCUGGAGGCAUCUGCAUCUGCGGAGACAACUGCAAAUGUACAACUUGCAACUGUAAAACGUGCCGAAAAAGCUGCUGUCCCUGCUGCCCCCCGGGCUGUGCCAAGUGUGCCCGGGGCUGCAUCUGCAAAGGGGGCUCGGACAAGUGCAGCUGCUGCCCCUGAAACGCAUCCGUUGUGCUGGGGGCCAAGGCCCGGGAGAUGUCUGUACAGUGCAUUAGUCGAGAAGUUGGAAUUAUUGUACUAUAGGUUAUGCUUUUUAUAUAUUUGCUCAGAUGCGGUGUUGGUGACCUUCAUGUAAAGUGCUUGCAAAAUAAAGGUUUCACUCGUGGUUGU